CCCGCCUCUUCCCCCGGGCCGCGCCACCCAGAGCCUUCCGUGCGCCUAGGCCCCGCCUCUUACGGAAGCCGAGGCGGAGGGUCGGAAUCCGGAAGAAAAACAAUCGAGCGAGUGAGCUGACCGGCACCUGCUACCCGAUCGGGACAGAUCAAGCCAGGAUCCGCUGAGGCUGGGAGACGCGAACCAGCCGGGGCACCGCGUGGGAACGAUGGCUGCCACGAACCCCCAGACCGAACCGAGAAGCAGGACGCUCAGCAUACAUGUCGUGACGUGGAACGUGGCCUCUGCAGCACCCCCUCCAGACCUCAGUGAUCUGCUCCAGCUGCACACCCCGAACCUGAAUCUGGACGUGUAUGUCAUUGGUUUGCAGGAAAUGAACUGUGGGAUCAUGAGCCUCCUUUCUGACACUGCCUUUGAAGACCCGUGGAGCAGUUUCUUCAUGGAUGUGCUUUCCCCUCUGAGCUUCGUCAAGGUCUCCAGCGUCCGCAUGCAGGGGCUCCUCUUACUGGUAUUUGCCAAGUACCAGCAUUUGCCCUUUAUCCAGAUCCUCUCUGCUAAAUCCACCCCCACUGGCCUCUUCGGGUAUUGGGGGAACAAAGGGGGCGUCAACAUAUUCCUGAAGCUCUACGGCUACUACGUCAGCAUCAUCAACUGCCACCUGCCCCCACAUAUGGCCAAUAAUGACCAGCGGCUGGAGCAUUUUGACCGGAUCCUGGAGAUGCAGAAUUUUGAGGCACAGGAUAUCCCCAACAUCCUGGACCACGACCUCAUUCUCUGGUUUGGAGACAUGAACUUUCGGAUCGAGGACUUUGGGUUGCACUUUGUUCGGGAAUCCAUAAAACAUCAGUGCUACAGUGACCUGUGGGAGAAGGAUCAGCUCAGCAUUGCCAAGAGACAUGACCCUCUGCUCCGGGAGUUCCAGGAGGGACCCCUGCUCUUCCCGCCCACCUACAAGUUCGAUAAGAACUCCAACAACUAUGACACAAGUGAGAAAAAACGCAAGCCUGCGUGGACCGACCGCAUCCUUUGGAGGUUGAAGCGGCAGCCCCAGGCCGACUGCCACCCCCCCACACUGCCAGGGCCCCACUUCUCCCUGGUUCUGAGGAGCUACGUCAGCCACAUGAUGUACAGCAUCAGUGACCACAAGCCUGUCACCGGCACCUUUGACUUGGAGCUGAAGCCGCUGGUAUCUGCUCCGCUGAUCACCCUGCUCCCCGAGGGCCCGUGUACCACCGAGAGCGACCUGCUCAUCAGCUACUCCCUGGCCUCGGACUUCCUCAGCAGCCCCUGGGACUGGAUCGGACUGUACAAGGUGGGGCUGCGCCACAUUAAUGACUAUGUGUCAUAUGUCUGGGUCGGGGACAACCAGGUCUCCUUCGGCGACCAGCUGAACCAGGUACCUGCCCCCUCUCCUGAGCUAGGUGUUCCGCGCCUCCAGCAGGUAGGCUUGCCUGAGGGCUGCUGUCUUCUGGAAGGAACAGAGCCAGUUUCCCUUGUCACUGAGAGCUGGGCCUGGGGCUGUGGGCCUGACCCCCUUCCUGUCUGUCCCCGCCCCCACAGGUAUACAUCAGCCUCAGCGACAUCCCUGAGACUGAGGAUGGGUUUCUCCUCUUUUACUAUAGCAACAGCCUGCGUUCUGUGGUGGGGAUAAGCAGACCCUUCAAGAUCCAGCCUCGCUCCUUCCUGGAGCAGGACUCACUGGAUGAAGCCCAACCACAGAUCUGAGCCAGGAUGCGAGUGAACCCGGGCGGAGGCCGGCGCUGGCUGCCAGCUCUGCCUUCACUGCCAGGAGCACUGGGGGCCCAGCCCUGCCCCCUGAGGAGGCUGCAAGUCUCCUCCACCUCCCAGGGCGAGUUCUAGCCACACUCCCUCCCUCUCCGCAGUCCAGAUCUCCAGGAUCAGCCCCUUCAAUACAGGUUUCUGUGGCUCAGGUGUGAGUGAAACCAGCUAGUUUGUCAGCAGUGAAGCUCUAGACAGUCCGCUGGAGGAAGGACCCUCCAGCUUGCAUCUCAUUUCUCCAUCUUCCCCACACACACACUUGUAGUCCUGCCCAAGCAGGCCUGCCGGGCACAUGCCCCAUCUGGCACAGGCCCGCAUUCUUGUCACGCCACCCUGGGCCUUAGGCUGCCUGGGAGGGGGAGAUGCUCACGUUUGUGUAGACUGCGUAGACUGGUUGGCGAAGGCAGCAUUGGGUUCUAGGAGUCUUGGUAUCUCAUUGCCUGUCCCCCUGAGGGGUGGGCAGAGGGUCUGGGGUCCCUGCUUUCUGCAGAAGCAAAUGACUAAGUAGGCAGGAUGGAGGGGGGCCUCCACCCAGGCUCUUACGUAGGGCUUGUGGGCAGGCUGAUGGUGUCCUUCCGCCAGCACCUCCAUCCUCACCCCUAGAGUCUGACCCAGAAAGUUCCAGGGUGUGAGCAGAGAAUAGGACCCUGGUUCACUUCUGCUAGUGGAUCAGCCUCCGUGCCCCCAACCGGCCCUCCCGUGAAGUGUUGGCAGGUGGUAGAGGAGCUGUGGCCACAGACUUUCACAGGGUGGGCCUUGCGCAGUCCAGCUCAUCUGCCCCUACCUUUACCUGCUGUCACCGGCCAGAACCCUGCUCUCUCUUUAGAGCGCUGUGGGACCUCGGAGUGAGGGCAGGUGGAGAGGAGAGCCAGAAUCCAGCCGUUGUGGAGAAUCUGGCCCCGGGGGUCUUCCGAGAGCAUUCUCCAGGUGCUGCAUGGGCCUGGCCUGUCCCCACUCCCACCAUUUGCCUUCAGCCUCUGGUGACUCAACGGCCCUUCUCCCUGGAGGAGACACCUCAGGGAGCCUGCUCUGUGACUGUCACUCCCAUCCUACCACCUGCAACCGAGGGACACUCCUGCAUUCUUACUCCACCCUGGGAGCCAUCAAGAACUGUCCCUCUCGGAGUUCCUGCUGUGGUGCAGUGCGAUCAGCGGUGUCUCUGGAGCGCUGGGAUGCAGGUUCGAUCCCUGGCCCAGUGCAGUGGGUUAAGGAUCCAGCAGCACUGCUGUAGCAUAGGUAGCAACUGUGCCUCGGAUCUGAUCCCUGGCCGGGGAACUCCAUAUGCCAUUAGGGGCGGGGGGGGGGGCAAAAAAAAAAAGAACUGUCCCUCUGGCUUCUAGCAGGCCAUGGCCAAUCUGUGUUCUGUGGCUGUUGCGUUGGUGGAUAAUUAGAAACAUGGCUUUUACAAAUGCA